CAUGUCCUUGUCGCAAACAAGUGAAAAGCAAGCCGUUCCAAUGAUAGUUCAAAGUUUAUCUUUUGCAAAGAAGAAGAAGAAGAAGAAGAAGAGGCUAUCAUGAUUAAGAUGAAUAGCAGAAGCGGUGAACUGAUGCCUGCAAGCAGUGAACAACAAGGAUUUACUCACGCUGCUAGUAGUGGUACAAGCCUACUCCUGAUUUCUUUAUCACAGAGCUGCACCAGUAUGCGACAGCUCAAACGAAUUCACGCUCGACUAAUCAGGAACAACCUCAACCUCAACAAUCUUAUCCUUGCAAAGAUGCUGAGGUUCACCGCAGUUUCCCCAUCAGGCGAUCUUCAUUAUGCUCGGCUCCUCUUCCAUCAUAUGCUGCAAACCCACCAACGAAACACCUUCUUCUACAACACCAUCAUCCGGGGCCAUGCCAAGAGCCACACACCUUCCCAAUCAAUCACCUUCUUCAAAGAGAUGCGCCGCAAUUCUGUUGCACCUGAUGAAUUUACCUUCACCUUCCUCCUCAAGGCAGCAGCAUCACCACAGAUGAUGCCUUUCUGCGGGGAGGAGAUCCAUGCUCAGGUCUUAAAAUUUGGGUAUCCUUCCCACACCUUCGUUCAGAACACAUUGAUCCACCUAUAUGCUGCAAAAGGAGCCCCAGACGCAUCAUGUCAGGUGUUUGAUGAGACACCCACCCCCGACGUUGUUUCAUGGUCGGGCUUGGUGGUCGCCCAUGUUAAGGCCCGGCAACUGGAUAAAGCAAGACACUUGUUUGAGGAUAUGCCAGAGAAGGAUGUGGUCUCUUGGACGGCAAUGCUCUCUGGGUAUGCCCAGGCGGGACGUCCGAGACAGGCUCUGGAAUUGUUUCAGGAGAUGCAAGCUGAGGGGGUGAGUCCCGACGAGGUCACAAUGGUGGGUUUGAUCUCAGCCUGCACGAGCUUAGGAGAUUUGGAGGCAGGGCUGCGCAUGCACUCUUAUGUGGAAGAGAGUGGUUUUGGUUGGAUGGUUUCGCUGUGUAAUGCUCUGAUAGACAUGUAUUCCAAGUGUGGGUGCUUGGAGAAGGCGAGGGGAGUGUUUGAGAAGAUGGAGAGGAAAAGCUUGAUCACUUGGAAUUCCAUGAUUACAGCCUGUGCAAUUCAUGGAACAGUAGAAGAAGCUAUUGGGUUGUUUGAGAGGAUGGAAGAGGCAGGGUCGAGACCAGACUCGGUGACAUUUCUGGCUGUGAUUAGUGCUUGCGCACACAAGGGAUGGGUGAAAGAGGGGCAUAGAUUGUUUGAGAGCAUGCGGAGAGAUUAUGGAAUAGAGGCAGGCAUUGAGCAUUAUGGGUGCAUGGUGGAUAUGCUGGGGCGAGCAGGGGAAUUAGAGGAGGCAUACUGUCUCAUCAUGGAGAUGCCAAUCCAGAGCAAUGAUGCAGUCUGGGGUGCGCUGCUUGGUGCUUGUAGGAUCCACGGGGAUGUGGAUAUGGGAGAACGGGUCAUUAAGAAGUUGCUCCAGCUAAAGCCAGAUGAAGGAGGCUACUACAUUUUACUCUGCAAUAUCUACUUAGCCGCUGGCCAACAAGUGGAGGCCAUAAAGAUGAGACGAAUGAUGAAAGAAAGGGGAGCAAAGAAGACUCCCGGCUGCAGUAGAUUGGGAUGAAUUUGAUUGAUGCCAACAAGCAGAGGCCAUCAAGAUGAAAUGAAUGAUGAAAGUAAGGGGAGCUAAGAAGACUCCCAGCUGCAGUAGAUUGGGAGGAGUUUGAUUUGAUGCCCACAAGCAGAGGCCAUCAAGAUGAAAUGAAUGAAUGAAAGAAAGGGGAGCAAAGGA